CCAAGCUGUGACUGGGGCUCGUGCAAAGGAUGUUCCUGAACAGGUUAGGAAACUGGUGGACCGCAUGAAGAAUGAUAAUAGAAUAGAUUUUCAGAAUGACUGGAAGCUCAUAACACUUUUCAUAGGAGGAAAUGACCUCUGCAAGUUCUGCGAGAAUCCAGUACACCAUUCUCCUGAAAACUAUGCCUACAAUCUACAAAUAGCUCUGGACUUACUUCAUAAAGAGGUUCCACGGGCAUAUGUGAACCUGGUGAUGAUACUUCCCAUAGCAAGACUCCGGGAGCUGCAUGCAUCAAAAAACAAUAAUUGCCCAAAAGGGCUUAUGAGGAUCCUGUGCCCUUGUGUCAUAAACCCUAAGGACAAUUCCUAUGACUUAAAGAAGUUGAUCUACUUUAACAAAAAGUAUCAGGAGACAACCCGCCAGUUAGUGGAGAGUGGAAGGUAUGAUACAAAGGAUGAUUUCACAGUGGUUAUGCAGCCAUUUAUGACUGAUAUGGAAAUGCCAAAAACACAGGAGGGGUGGCCAGAUGCUUCAUAUUUUGCCCCAGAUUGUUUCCACUUCAGCCAAAAGACGCAUUCCCAGGCUGCACGUGCUUUGUGGAACAACAUGCUGGAGCCUGUAGGGAAGAAGACAGAUAGUCAGCACAUAGAAGAUGAGAUUAUCCUCAAAUGUCCAUCCGAGGCUGAGCCAUUCCUGAGGACAUAUAAGAACAGUAAUUACACAUACCCUAACCAAACUCCAAAUUAUGGAAGCCAGCUGCUAUGUGAGGACAGGUCUCCAUCUUCCCCUCCUGCAACUUCAGUGCAUUCCCUAAAGCCAGCUGAUGUGAAAAUUGUUGCAGCCCUUGGGGAUUCUUUGACGGCUGGCACAGGAAUUGCCUCAGGUACCCUCCAGGAUAUGACCACUCAAUACUGGGGACUGUCUUGGAGUAUUGGAGGAGAUGAGUCGUUGGAGAAUGUGACAACUCUACCUAACAUCUUUCGAGAAUUCAAUGUUAUGAUCAUGGGUUACUCAACUGGUGCCAAGGGUGAGAAUGAUUCCAAUGCAUUCCUUAACCAGGCGGUUCCUGGAGCACAGGCUGAGCACUUGCCAGCCCAAGCAAGAAGUCUUGUGAGUCUUAUGAAAACUGAUCAGAGAAUUGACUUCAGUGCUGACUGGAAGCUCAUAACAGUGCAUAUUGGAGCCAAUGAUCUGUGCAACUAUUGCAAAGACCCUGUUCCAAAAGCUCUAGUGAGUCUGGUUGAUGUGGCAGACAUCCUCCCUCUGAGACAUUUAUUUGUGGACUCUCCAGAUCAGUGCCCCACUUAUUUGGCAGAUUAUCUGUGUAGCUGUGUUCUCACAGGAGAAGAAAACUCAGAAAAUUUAACAAUGGUGAGGGGCGCCAUCAAAGCUUACCAGCUUGGCAUUCAGAGACUGAUAGAGUCUGGCAGAUAUGACAAUCAUGAAAAUUUCACAGUGGUCAUCCAGCCUUUCCUCCAAAAUUUGGAGACUCCUCUUGAUCAGGAUGGGAAUCUAGAUGUCUCCUACUUUGCACCUGACUGCUUCCAUCCAAGCCAAAAAGGCCAUUCUCAGCUUGCCAGGGCUCUGUGGAAUGCUGUGUUACAGCCUGUAGGCCAGAAAGCAGACUCAUUUGAUUUCUCAGCUGACAUCGUCCUUGGCUGUCCAGCUCAGAACAGUCCCUUCCUGGGAACGUACAGGAAUAGUAACUACACACCUGUGGGGCCCACUAGAGAGCCAAUAGAGAAUUGGGGCAGUGAACUGUCAUGUCCUGGUCAUACUCCAUCUAGUCGUGUCCCAACAUCAGUACAUGAGCUACGGCCUGCUGACAUCAGAGCCAUAGGAGCACUUGGAGAUUCCCUGACUACUGCAGUAGGAGCCAAAGUACUAGACCUACAAACAGACUGGAAGGGACUUUCCUGGAGUAUUGGAGGUGAUGCGAUCCUGGAGAUCCAGGCUACUUUACCCAACAUCUUGAAGAAAUUCAAUCCAAACCUCUUUGGCUUCUCCACUGGCAGUUCUAAGGAAACAGCUGGAUUCAACGUUGCAGAGAGAAAUGCCACAGCACGUGACAUGCCAGCCCAAGCACGUGCUUUGGUGGAGCUGAUGAGAAGCAGCUCGAAAAUUAACUUCAAGGAAGACUGGAAGCUGAUUACCAUUCUUGUUGGAGGCAGCGACCUAUGCCAGUACUGCUUGGACAAGGAAACCUAUUCUGUGCAAAAGUAUGUAAAGCACCUUCAGGACACUCUGGAUAUUUUCUAUAAGGAGCUCCCAAGAGUCUUUAUCAACAUGGUGGAGAUGCUAGAGUUCUCUGGACUGCGUCAAAUCACAGCAAGCUCUUCAGAGUGUGCUUUGACAGCAAAGAAAGUUUGCCCAUGUUUCUUAAACCCAGAGGAAAAUUCUUCUGAAUUACAAGAAAUUAAGAGAGUUAACAGAGAUUUUCAGGCUGAAGCCUUGCAUCUGAUCAGCAGCAGUCAGUAUGAACAACGGGAGGACUUUGCUGUUGUCAUCCAGCCAUUUUUCCGGACCACCUUGAUGCCCGUGGAUAGUACCGGCAAGCCAGAUAUGAGUUUUUUUUCUGCAGACUGCUUUCAUUUCAGUGUAAGAGGCUAUGCUGAGAUGGCAAUGGCUCUCUGGAAUAAUAUGCUGGAGCCAGUUGGUGAAAAGCAGACUUACAACAACUUUACCCAUGACAGAUCAAAACUCAGGUGUCCAAACCCUGAGAAACCUUUUCUUUCCACACGAAGAAAUAGUGGAUUUGGAAAUUCGGAUCUCAACUUGGGGAAAACAGAAUCUUCAGUCCCCUAUUGGGCUGUACUUGUGACUGCAGUAGCUGGGGUUCUGGUGGGCUCUUUACUUGGCUGGGCUGUGUCACGAAGAAGAACCAAGAAGUACCAACAUAAGGCUGACACAGAAAACAACAUUAAGACAACCCCUCUGUAACACAAGUGGAACAACAUCUUUCUCUGAUGAGACUGCUCUCUGUGUGACACAGUAGCAGAAUAAAAAACCUGUUGGAUAUGAAUGAAGCUUCUUGGUUGCCCAGGGAUUUUUGGGCCAAAUAACAUUGAUCAGUAAUGUAUUUUAGAACUAUCCUCUGCUGACCAUUCAGGUGAAGUUCAAAGUAUUCUGUGGUUUCACACCAGCUGGCAGCUAAGUACAACACACCUGCUCACUCAU